GGGCAGUUGAUAGUGUUUGGAGGUGUUUGUGCAACUGGACUGGGACUGUGGUUGUGUGGACAUCUCUGUUUUUGUUAUUUCGUCGCAUGCUCGGGUUAAGCCGUGAAAACAUUUUCUCGGCAUGGCCAUGUCAAAUUUAUACUCCAAAAUUGCUCCCAAGCCAAUUAAGAGAUCCCAGGAUAACAUUACUGUGACGCAAACUAAUGCUUGGGUGAAUGUGGAAACCCUAAGUAACAGUGGCCUUUCAACAUCCUCGAGCAUCUCACAGCAAGAGACUGUGCAAAUAACCCAGCCUGCAAGUGUUCCUAGUUCUCCUAUUGCUUCACCUAGCGGAAACUCACCAUUUAACACCUCGUUUAGUUUGGUGUGUUCCAAGGUAACAACUGGAGAUCCCAACUGGCAAGCUCAAAGGACAACUGUCUGUGAACGAAAUGCUGCUAUGUUUAAUAAUGAGUUGAUGUCAGACAUACACUUUGUUGUAGGAAGCCCAGGCCAUACACAAACAGUUCCAGCUCAUAAAUACGUCUUGGCAACUGGAAGCUCAGUGUUUUAUGCUAUGUUUUACGGGGGGUUGGCCGAAAAUAAGGCGGAAAUUGAAGUACCUGAUGUGGAGCCUUCUGCUUUUCUUACGUUGUUAAGAUAUCUGUAUUGUGAUGAAAUUCAAUUGGAAGCGGACACAGUCUUGGCUACAUUAUAUGUUGCCAAAAAAUAUAUUGUUCCCCAUCUUGCACGUGCAUGUGUGAACUACUUGGAAACGAGUUUGACUGCCAAGAAUGCAUGCCUUCUUUUAAGCCAGUCCAGGCUAUUUGAAGAACCUGAAUUAAUGCAGAGGUGCUGGGAGGUCAUUGAUGCUCAGGCUGAAAUGGCUCUCCAGUCAGAUGGGUUCCCUGAUAUAGAUAUUCACACUCUGGAGUCAGUUCUUGCACGUGAGACAUUGAACUGUAAAGAGAAGCAUCUAUUUGAUGCUGCUAUGUUUUGGGCAUCUGCUGAGUGUGCGCGUCGGGAACUUGAGCCAACGCCACAAAAUCAGCGAAUUGUGCUGGGUAAUGCUUUGUACUUGGUUCGAAUUCCUACAAUGAGCCUGGAAGAAUUUGCUAAUGGUGCAGCCCAAAAUGGAAUUUUGACUCUGCAAGAAACAAUAGACAUUUUUCUGCACUUUACUGCCUCAAGGAAGCCAAUUUUGAGCUUCCCAACCAAGGCCCGGACUGGCCUUCAACCUCAGUUUUGGAAGGGUGUUGUGGAUAUACAUCGGUUGGCCAUCCAACAUGAAGCUCUUGGCAUCUUGGGUAUUCUGCGUAUGCUCCUGUAUGGCACAAGAGUUAAAUGUGUUUGCCAUAGAUUCCAGUCAUGUGCUUACAGAAGUAACCAGUGGCGUUACCGAGGACGAUGUGAUAGUAUACAAUUCAGUGUUGAUAAGAGAAUUUUUGUAGUGGGUUUUGGACUGUAUGGUUCCUCCAGUGGUGCUGCCGAUUAUAAUGUGAAAAUAGAAUUGAAGCGCUGUGGGCGAAUUAUGGCUGAAAACGAAACCAAAUUUUUCUCUGAUGGAUCAAGCAAUACUUUUCAUGUUUAUUUUAAACAUCCCAUUCAAGUAGAACCUGAAUCCUUUUACACAGCAUCUGCUAUAUUGGAUGGUGGAGAGUUAAGUUAUUUUGGACAAGAAGGAAUGAGUGAGGUGACUGUGGGAUGUGUAACUUUCCAGUUUCAGUGUUCUUCAGAGAGUACUAAUGGAACUGGUGUACAAGGAGGACAAAUCCCUGAACUUAUUUUUUAUGGCCCAACACUGACUGCUGAGGAACAUUAAUCUUUUGUGAUUUGAUAUCUAGUGGCUAAAAGUUAACCCUUCAAGAGAGCUAUUGCGAGAUUCUUUUUGUUUUCCAUAAAGUUAAACGUUCAGUCCUUGACCUCAUUUGUUCCAUAUUUGAAUUUGGAUGCCAAUUGAUGUUAUCAAUCCAGUAGUGCAUUCAUUCUUCCUGUUUUCGUAAAGAAUGUUUUGUUUGUAUCAAAAAGGAAAUUGUUUUUGGUCGAGGCAUGUGCAGAACUUCUUGAAUCUAAAUAUUUUCAGUAUUAAAUGAUGCAAUGAAACCGUUGUAAGGAUUUGUUUCGGGUUUUGUAACAGAGCUCUCUUUUUGUACUGAAAGAGGUCCGUUUUUAAUUUUUUUUUUUUAUAUAUUUGAAUUCUUAAUUCAAUACUCUUUGCUUUAACUUCAAGCAAAUAAUGAAUGUUACUCCAGGCAUACUGUCUGUAAGCCAUUAGUGUUUUUGCAGAGGGCAAUGUAAUUUUUUGUUUUGUAUGAAAUUAUUGAACCUGUGAUAGAAAUUAAGUGUUUGCUUUUCCAAUGCAGAAACUGCAUGUUAUACUACUCUCAUAUUUUUCUUUUCUUAGGAACCAAUUAUACAUGCAUUUGUAUGGUGGUUAUUCUGAAUGCAAUUCAUAAAAUUGCAUGAAACUUGUAUAUUAUCAUUUGAAGAACUGAUUGUUAUGAGUCUUGAACACAUGUUCCAAGUAGUGUACAAAUUUUAUUUCAUGGAUAAAAUUAGUUUUAUUUUCAUGUUUAAUCCUUUAAGUGUUCCAUUACUGUGGCAGCAGGUAAUAAGAUCUCCAUUGUAGAGGAAGAAUUAAUUUAUGAAACAAAUCAAGGUUGGUGGUCAGUGCUCAAGUCAUAAAAAACAUUAAUAAAGUUUUGUUUUACAAACAAAACAUUAUCAGGAAAUAAACAAUGCUAGCCAAUCUACAAAUGAUCUUGCUUCUAAAUCACUCCGUCCUUGAACUUGAAAUGCAUUCCACACAAACUCCUUGCCAUUUGCUGCCACAAAGUGUGCUCACAUGGUAACUGGCGUAUCUUGUGAAUCUCAGUCAUACUUAAUAUGCGUUUCUUACUUUCUGGCUGGUUGUCUGCUAAAUGUGUGCUUGCUUCAUGCUCGCCAAAAAUAUGACUGGUUGAAACUACUUUGAUACUGGAGAACUGUCUGGUACCUGUGGUUUUUGUUUGUUUUUCGUUCGUUAGGAGACAAAUGUAGUUAUCAAGAAUAUAACAUUGUAGUAAAUACUUAUACAAACAGUAUUUAAGACUUGCAAUUGAUUUUGUAGAUUUUCAAUCUUGAAUUGCAAGUAGAAAUGUGUCCAUUGAAGUCAAUUACUGCCAUUAUUGUGGCCAAUUACUACUUUUUGAAGUGACAAAAAAGCACAAUCUGCCUUGUUUUUUUAAUGGCAUUUGCCUCUACUUGAAUUUUUCAGCAAAAAUUUGCUCUAAAUAAUAUUCAAGUAUUGCUACAUUUAAUUAAAGUGCCUGAAUAUGUGGAAGUCCAUCAUUCACAUUGUUUCUGUGUUAAGUUUGCCUGUACAACUUUUAUUAUAUUCAAGGAAAAAGUAGUUCUGGUUUUAUUGGUCAUAAAUAAUUGUUUUUACAGUUGUUGACACCUUGGUCUGCUUCCCUAGAUGACUGAGUGACAGGGUUAAAAUAAUGUUUUGAAGUAACUCAAGUCACAUAGAUUAAGAAAGCAAGGCUGCUAUUUAAGAAAUAAAGCAAAAGUAGUUCAGUGUUAUUAAACUAAGCUGUGAACCCAGUGGAUUUGGGUCAAAUCACCUAAAUGUAAAGCAUGCAGCUCAAAGAGGCCAUUUCAAUAGAGUGGCUAUUUAAGAGAAGCAAUAUAUUUAGCUUUCUCAUUAGGUUUUCCAUUAUUCUGCACAUGCCAUAUUCAAAAAACUUUUAUUUGAAAUAGAUUCAUGAAUUAUUAUGAAAUGGAACCAACAGUAUUGAGUACACACGUAUUCAAAUUGGAUUUCAUGGAAUUCCUAUUUUACUUCCUCUUCAAGAAGCCAAGCUAGGGAAUUUGAUUGUCCUUGAAACCUGUCCUUUAAGACUUUGGAGCUUCAUGCUUCGAGAAAGUGAGGGCUGAGUUGUUCCUGUACUUUUUCUGCUUCCUAUUUGCAACUUUAAAUAUAAAUACAGGUAUAACAACUUUUAUUUUCUGACAAGUUUUUAAAGAGUUUUCAAUUGGUCUGUUAGUAUUAUUUUGUCAAAGGUUAAUUAAAGAACAUUCAUAACAAAAAACCCUUGUCAUUGUUUUGCCUUUUAUUUUCAGAAGAAAACAACUGAUGCUUGGGUUUUAAUUAUUCGAAUAAAUAUUUUUUAGUUACCUUGCAGAUAACUUAAUUAUAUAGUAAAUUUAUUUGUAAUUAAUUGUGUUAACUUAGGUGUUACAUAAGUAAACGUAAUGAAUUGUCACCCUCGGUGCCAGAGGGAGCUGAAAAUUCUCGUACUGAGAUAGCUCGUUUCUCCUAGAAGAAUGAAUCGGAAAAUCGUGAGGGGAACGUUCCGAGCCAUUUAUGAUGGAGAAAAUUAUUUUGCCCUGGGAAUGAUAUUGCUCAUCAAAGAGUAGCUAUUUACCUUAUCAGUCAAUUGAUAGGCAACUGCUAAAAAGUGGAUUGUAAUAAUGGAGUUAUUAGGUAGUAUUAUCUACAAUUAUAUCACUGAAUUAGAAAAAAUUAAAUAGCAAAUUGAGAACCUUAUGGUUUAGUGUUGUUUCUGUGGGAAAUAGUUCUCAAAGUAGUCUGAAAUAGUUACCUGUGUAUCCAGAUCGAAUUAGAAAAAUGGAAUAUUUUAGUAGUUAAACUCUUCUAGCCAAAUGCUCGUAUUUAAAAAUGACUUUGGUCGUGUACGGAGUUGUGGCUCUUAAUGAGGAAAAUACAUGAAAAUGCAUGAUUAUUUAAUGUAGAUUAAUAUAUCUUGAAUAGUGCAAUAGACAUUGAAAAAUUCUCUGUUUUUGGUUUUUCAUCAUCCUAAAAGAAUGAGUAGUGUGCUAGUCGUUGUAAGGUCACUAAAUUGCCUUGUUCUGACAUAGAAAAAUAUACUUAAUCUAAUAAUCAUACAAAUCAAAACCUUGUCCAUGAACAUUUUAAACUGCUGAAAUUACAAAGUGGAAAAUUCUGACAAGGGUUGUUUUUGUUGUAUUAUCUUAAAGAUAUUGUUGUAAACUCCUUGAUAUUGUUUGUUGACAUGUUUAAAAAUUUGCUUGGACAUUCAUGGGCUUUGUAUGUACAAGCUGUUGUCAAACAUUUGUGAAUCAAAUUUUUGCUGAAGUUGUAUUAGAUAUUAAUAAGAAAUAAUAUUAUUUUAAGAAUAGAUAUAUUUUAAAUUUUGAUUGAUUAAGCCAUUGAAUUUCUGCGUUCUACCAUUGUCAUUUUCCUUCUUCUUCUUGGUAUACUUAACAGAUAGUGCCAUAUUGUUUCUCUGGUUGUCAGUAAUGUCCCUUGUGUUUUAAAUCAUCUUUCUUUAAAAUCAAUGUAUACCUUAUUUCCUAUUUCUCUAUUACAAAAUGAUUCUUGGUGACUACUGUU